CGAGGACCUUUGCGAGCACCACCACCGCCCUUGCCACCACCUUCGCUAGAUCGCCUCCCACCACACGCUAAAGCGCUUUCCGACGGCGUUGCGCCAUGGACAAUACGAGCGCAACCAUCCUGCAAAGCUCUUCUUCGCUUGUGGCUCCGCAACCCCAGCGCGCAGAGCAGCAGACGACCUUCUCUUCGUUCGCGCACGUUCUCGACGCUCGGAUCUUGCGAGCGCUUUCCAAGCUAGGAUUCGCUCACCCGACCACUGUACAACAGCGGCUGCUUCCUCUAGCGCUCUCUGGCAAGGAUUUGCUCGCACAAGCACCGACAGGCAGCGGCAAGACGCUUGCCUACGCGUUACCUGCUGUACAAAGGAUAUUAUCAGCCAAGAGCGCCAUCCCUCUCACCGAUCCAGCGAGACAGCAGACGAGAUGCGUGGUGCUGGUACCGACGCGCGAACUAGCAGAACAGGUGACUAGGCAGAUAGCACACGUGUUGGAGUAUCUCGACGACGAGACGGUAGCUGUCGUCAACGCUGCACGCGAGGGAGGCAAAGGGGUUCACAAACUUCUCCUCUCUACCCACCCAGACAUUGUCAUCAGCACACCUGCGAGAACGCUAGCACACAUCGAAACCGGAGCGCUGUCCCUCUCGUCUCUUCAAUUGCUCGUCUUGGACGAGGCAGAUCUUAUCCUUUCGUACGGUCACGCCGGAGACGUAAAAGCUCUUUUGGAACAUUCUACGCUACCAUCGCGAUGGCAAAACAUACUCUGCAGCGCUACACUCGGAUCGGAAGUCAGGCAAUUGAUGGGCGCAAGGCUACAAAAGCCAGUCACACUGAGACUCCAGCCUUCCCUUCACCUCUCUCACUUGGCGCAGUAUAGCGUGCAGCUCACCUCUCAAGCGGACAAGUUCCUCCUCAUCUUUGUCAUCUUACGCCUCAAAUUGGUCCGAGGCAAGUGUAUCAUCUUUGUCAACUCGACGGAGCGCGCGUACAGAGUAAGAUUGUUCUUGGAGCAGUUUGGAAUUCGCAGCACCGUAUUGAAUGAGGAGCUGCCUUUGGAGAGCAGGUUUCACAUCGUCCAGCAGUUUAACAAGGGUGUAUACGACUACAUUGUAGCGACCGAUGAAUCCCGCUUCGGUGUCGACGCCGCAACUGCGCGCGAAGAAGAGCAAGGCCUUGCGCGAGAGCAAAGCCGGACGUCAGUCGAGGGAUCGGCAGAAUUCGAGGUGGAAGAAGAAGAGGCUGUUCCUCUCGGGGCUGAACGAAACUCUCCCGAAGCCGACACCGCUGCAAGCGAUGAGAGGAAGAGAAAGCGCGAUGAAGAAGGAGGAUCCUCCAGAGAGAGCAAGGUCGCAGAGCGCAGCUCAAAACGCCGCGGUGGGGACGCCGAGUAUGGCGUGGCGCGCGGUAUCGACUUCGUCUCGGUAGCCUGUGUCAUCAAUUUUGACCUGCCAGUGACGGCGCGAGGAUACGUGCAUCGAAUUGGACGGACGGCCAGGGCGGGUCAGACUGGUACAAGUCUUUCAUUUGUCGUUCCCUCGUCCGUGUGGAAGUCCGAAAGCGCUGAAGGAUCAGCAUCAGCAGGUCCACUGAAAAAAUCUGGCGUCUCGCAUGCAACUGCUGCUAUGGACGAAGGUACUUGGUCACGUAUCGAGGAGGAUCAAAGACAAAAGGGAACGACGAUCAAGGAGUGGAACUUUGACAAGCCUCAAAUUGAAGGAUUUAGAUACCGAGUGGACGAUGCGUUGAGAGCCGUCACGCGAGCUGCGAUCAAGGAAGCUCGCAUCAAGGAGAUCAAGCAGGAGCUGUUGAACAGCGAGAAGCUCAAGGCCCAUUUCGAAGACAAUCCGCACGAUCUGGCUUAUUUGCGCCACGACAAGUCUUUGCACUCGACGCGCGUCCAACCGCACUUGAAACACGUCCCGUCGUAUCUGAUGCCUCGCAUCACGCGGCUCAAGCAGCCUAGCGGGCCCAGCUCUGCGAGCUCAGAACCAACAGCAAGCGGGUCGUCCAGACCAGAUACGAAUGCAGAGGGACGCAAUGUGGGCUACGUUGGUUUUGCAAAGAAUUCCACUGGACGCGGCAGAGGACGCGGACGCGGUCGCGGUCGAGGCGGGAGCAGAGGGGGCGGAAGAGGCAAGAAAGCCGAUCCGCUCAGAAAAUUUGGCAAGGCUUAGUGGCAUACAUUUGUGCAGUCAUGUCAUCACCGCAAACAUUGUGGUAGGAUUUUGUGGCCAAUGUAGCGGGAUGAUACUGAACUUGUGCAUGGCGCGCCUGCUGCCCUACGCUUGGUCCUCAUCGCUGUCGCUCCCACCUUGAGCGAAAAAGUCAUCAGCAGCCAGUCCCUCUUCCUCGUCCGAGUCGUCAGCAUCCCUGUCUUCAGUCUCGUCCCGUCUUCUCUUGGCUUCCUCGCCGCUCUUUACCCUGCGUUCACCAGCCUCGAGCAAAGUUUCGGGUUCUGUCAUUUCUCCCCUUCUCAUAGCAGCCUCCAUCUCCGCUCUGACUGUGUGUGCGCG